AUGAAGCAGCACUUUAUCAACGCCAUCCUCGCCACCUCGGCGCUGCUGACGCCCCUUGCGUCCGCCGACUGGCAGUUCCGCUCCCGCCCGGACCUCGCUCCGCCGCGCCUCAACAUCACCAUCCCGGCCACCGCGGACGUCGAAGAGGGCUAUCUCUUCGUCGCUCCGUUCGCCGGUCUUCCCGACACGCCGACGGAGCAGCACGGGCCGCGCCAGGCCGGACCAUACAUCUUCCGUAACAACGGAGACCUGAUCUGGUCCGGAUAUGCCAUCUACAGCAUCUGGUCGACCAAUUUCCAGGCGGCGCGGUGGCGCGGCCAGGACGUGCUGUUCAGCUUCGAAGGUGACCACAACCCCGGGUACGGCCACGGCCACGGGCACAUCACGUUCCUGAACCAGCAUUAUGAGACGAUCCGAGAACUGCGGGCCGGCAACCAUAAGCUCGUUGACAAGCACGAGUUCCACGUCGUCAAUGAGGAGACGGGUUUGAUCCAGAUCUACCAGCCUGUACCCAGGGACCUGACGGCUUGGGGCGCGAAGCCCGAGCAGCAGUGGAUUGUGAACGCCAUCAUCCAGGAACUCGACAUUGCCACUGGCAAACUCCUCUUCGAGUGGUCUAGUCUCGACCAUGUCACGCCGGAAGAAGCAAUCCUGCCCAUCAACCCCGGACAAGCCGGCUCGGGCUACAACAGCUCCGACGCCUGGGACUAUUUCCACAUCAACAGCGUCGACAAGGACACCUCGGGCAACUACCUGAUCUCGGCUCGCGAUGCCUGCUCCGUGCUCAAGAUCAACGGCACCGACGGCACCAUCAUCUGGCGGUUGGCGGGCACCAACUCGUCGUUUGAGCUCGGGGAGGGCGUGGACUUUUGCUUCCAGCACCACGCUCGCUGGCUCUCGCAGGACGGCGACGAGGAGGUGCUGAGCCUGUACGACAACAGCGCGCACGGCACCGAGCACGGCGGCGGCAAAGAGGUGCAUACGGCCCCGACGAGCAGCGGCAAAAUCAUCCGCGUCAACACUCGCACCUGGAAGGCGGAGCUCGUGCAGGGCUUCUACCCGCCUGACGACCUGCUGUCCAAGAGCCAGGGCUCGACGCAGAUUUUGCCCGGGGGUAACGCGCUCGUCAACUGGGGAUCCUCCGGGGCCGUGACCGAGUUCAAGGCCGACGGCACGCCAAUCUUCCAUGCGUACAUGGACUCGGGCGAUCUCGGUGUCGCGGUGGAAAACUACCGCGCUUUCCGGUUCAACUGGACCGGUCUGCCCACCGAGGAGCCCGCGAUCGUGGCGCUGGAGAACAAGGAUGGCACCACGGUGUACGUUUCGUGGAACGGGGACACGGAGACCAAGGUCUGGCGGUUCUACGAGAUCACUGACGAGCACGGCUCUCGAGAGUUUUUGGGCGAGACCAAGCGCACCAGUUUCGAGACUUCGCUGCAUGUUCCCGGGCGUCGGGUCACUCGCGUCGCGGCCGAGGCGGUUGAUGUCCUGGGCGGCGUGCUGAGAGGCACCGGCAUUGCCAAGGUCGAGCAGGAGAUUCUUCCCAUCAGCGCCGGAAAGGGCCGCAAGGUUCCUCACCCUCAGACUGUUGAGGACCAGCACGUUGCUGAGAAGGUGCUGGACAAAUCCAAGAGCUUUUGGGAAGAGUGGUCCAUUCUUCGAAUCGUCGGUUGGCGCAAGGCCGGUGAUCUCUGA